AUGGAAAGCAUCAGUGUGGAAACGGACUGGGAUGCUUUGGCCCUCUCCUCUCUGGUCGUGACGGGAAACAGCAACCACUCUUCCUCAUCUUUGUUUGACCUCAACACUCUCAACGGCUCCCACAGUGGAGGAUCCUUCUUUGGGAUCUUUCCGGAGAAUGCCUCAAACACCACCCCUUACCCAUUGCCCCAGCCAAGGGUACGCGACCAAGGCCUGGCCCAGGCAGAGAUCGCUGUUCUAGGGGUGGUGCUGGCUCUAACCACGCUGGGAAAUAGCUUCGUCCUGUGGGUAUUGCUCCGUAGAAGGAAGCACAAUGCACCAAUGCACGUGUUCAUGGUCAACUUGUGUGUGGCUGACCUGGUGGUGGCCUUCUUUCAGGUUCUUCCCCAACUCAUUUGGGACAUCACUGACAAGUUUCAGGGACCCGAUUUCCUGUGCCGUUCCAUUAAGUACUUGCAGAUUGUGGGCAUGUUUGCUUCCUCCUACAUGAUAGUUGCCAUGACAGUGGACCGGCACCAUGCCAUCUGCUGCCCGUUGCAGGCUUACCGUAGCGGGGCGGUUUCCCGCUGGAACACCCCGGUCAUGGUGGCUUGGGGAUUGGCGCUAGUUCUCAGCCUACCGCAGGUGUUCAUCUUCUCACGAUCAGAAGUGAGUCCUGGUGAGUUUGAGUGCUGGGGUCACUUUGCAGAGGUGUGGGGGCUCAAGGCGUACAUCACCUGGAUGACAGUGGCUGUAUUUCUCCUGCCUGCCCUCAUCAUCACCAUCUGUCAGAUAAGAAUCUUCCGGGAGAUCCACAAUAACAUCUACCUGAAGUCAGAGAGGAUGGUGAUGGCUGAGCUAAAGAGGAAUGAAAUCCUCUUUCACUUUCACAGCUUUAAGAAGGAAGAGGAUCGGGCCAGAGAGAGGGGUCGAAGGUCAUCCAGUGGCAGCGCUCGGGCAGGGCUGCACUUGAAGCCCAUCAACGACAAACCUCACAUAAACACCUAUAAUAAAAUUCAAAUGACAGAUACAGCAGCUUCAACCGCAGUUUCUGCGGAUGUGCAGCAAGUGAAUGGUCCUGACUGUCAGGAGUCCUGCACAUCCUGCCAGGUGACCUCAGGUUCACCUCGUUGCUCCCUCGAUUACGCCCCCCCUCACCCCACAGUGGCGCCACCGCCAAGCAUCACCAAAGCAAUGUCCAAAACGGUCCGAAUGACUCUGGUCAUUGUGCUGGUCUACACUGUAUGCUGGUCCCCUUUUUUCAUUGUCCAGCUGUGGGCCGCCUGGGACCCCAACCCUCCCAAUCAAGGAGUUGCCUUCACUAUCCUAAUGCUGCUGGCCAGUCUCAACUCAUGCACCAACCCGUGGAUCUACACGGCCUUCUCCAGCAGCGUGUCUAGAGAGCUGCAGAACCUACUGCAUUGCGGAUCGCGUUCCGGACGCCGGGGCUCGCUGCCUGAUGACUCCACUGCCACGCACACCUCUACCACCAAGGACAGCCAGUACUGA